AGCUCUCCUCUUGAGAUGAGUGCUGAAUCAUUUGAGAGACUUAAAUGCGAUUUUUGCAUGUGUAAGAAACGGUUUAAGUUUUUGAACUUGUGGCAAUAACUUCGAAAACUCAGCUUCCAUAAUGUCAUCCUUCAGUGUCCUUGAUUCAUUAGCAGGCGAUCAUUUCCAAUGUUCAAUAUGUCACGACGUCUUCAGCGACCCGGUCACCACCCCAUGUGGUCACAACUUCUGCAAAGCCUGCCUCAGCGACCAGUGGGACCAGAAUGAAAUAUGCCACUGCCCAACGUGUAACAAAAGAUUCUAUGGGCGACCUGAGAUCUCCACGAACCAGGUCAUCGAGGAGAUUUCAGCCCAAAUAAAGAGGAGGAGAGUUGAGGCACCUGAGAGUGCUAAUACACCAUGGCAGGUGACAUGUGACGUGUGCACAGAUUUAAAAUUCAAGGCCUCCAAGUCCUGCCUUGUUUGUUGGACGUCGUACUGCGAAGCCCACCUGGAGCCUCACCAGAGAGUCCCCUCCCUGAUGAGACACAAGCUGAUCGACCCGGUGAAGAACCUGGAGGAGAGGAUGUGCGAGAAGCAUGAGAGGAUUCUGGAGCUCUUCUGCACAGAGGAGCAAGUUUGCAUCUGUCUGCUGUGCAGUGAGACCGACCACAAAGACCACAAGACCGUGCCAGUUGAGGAAGCAGGGCCUCAGCAGAAAGAAAAGCUUGGCCUCCAAAUGACAAAGAUCAAACUUAUGAUUGAAGACAGAAUGGAAAAAAUAAGAGAGUUUGCAGAGGCGUCUGAAGUGAGCAGAGAAAAAGCAAACAGUGAGAUUGCUGCCAGCGAAACACUCUUCGACACGCUGAUGGAGUGUGUGCAUGAAACAAAAACAAAAUUAACAUUGAAUAUCCAAAAGAAGCUCCUAAAAUCACAAGAGAAAGAUAUCGCCGUGAUCAGAGAGCUUCAGGAGGAAAUCGCCAAACUGCAGAGGAAGCACUCAGAGCUGGAGGAGCUUUCACAAACUGAGGACCACCUUCAACUGCUACAGACGUUGCAGACCCUGAGCACCACAUCAGUCACCAAGAACUGGUCCCAGAUCAGUGUUUACUCAGAUCUGUGUGUGCAGACGGUGAGGAGAGCCAUGAGCCAUCUUGUCCACAAAUUUCAAUUAGAACUGAAAACUCUGACGGAAACAGAACUAACCAGGAUGAAGCAGUACAAAGAGUCGGUGACCUUUGACCCUGACACUGCUGGAUCCGGCCUUGUCGUGUCUGAAUUUGGAAAACGUUUGAAAUACUCUGUCAAUGCAAGAGUCUCAUCGUCUGAGGACUCAGAGAAGUCCAAGUGCCCCAUGAUUUUGGGGAAGAAGGGCUUCACGUCUGGGCGUCACUACUGGGAAGUCAGAGUGGGACUGAGAAACAACUGGGACGUCGGUGUUGUCACAGAAUUAGCAGACAGAACAGGGAAGACGGCGGUUAGCGAGGAAAAUGGCUUCUUCGCCAUAGGAAAGCGGGGUUUCGAUUAUGAAAUUCAUCAGGCUCGCAACUGGGAACUUUACCUGAGUCCCAGGCCACGAAACAUAGGUGUGUAUCUGGACUACAAUGAGGGCAGAGUCUCUUUUUAUGACGUGGAAAGACAGAUGCAAAUCCACUCUUUUAAACAGCUAUCUUUCAAAGAGAAACUCUUCCCGUUCUUCUACCUGCACGGCAAGGGCAAAAAAUCAGAGCCGUUGGUUAUUACCUCUAUGGAAGAUCGAGCAUCACUCUUUGCUCGCAUUCUUUCCCUCCAACAGGCUGAGACAAAAAUGGAAUAGUAUGAAGUUGUUCAAAGGUGUAUGGAGUCAUUUUAAUUCAGACUAAUAGUGUAACACUAUUCAGUGAAAACUGGGAUUUUGUUCAUAACUCUGAUUUCAAAUGGCUUAUAUUUUAUAUGAACAACAAAUCAAGCUGUGAUUGGCUGGAUUAUAUUUUGAAGUUGUCCACUGAUUGGUUCGUAACCUCUGGUUGAAAAUAUCCAGAAUUAUUGCUCCUUUUUCAAAUUUUCUUUGGCUUUUAUUUUGAAAGGACACAUCAGCAUGACCUGUGAUUGGCAGGAGGGUUCGUUUCUCACCGCCAAAACAAACCGCUCACUCAUCCACUUCCGGAGCACUUCCUGUCUUUGGUACAUUCCUUUUUCCGUCAGAAUCUGCGGUUUGUAAAUUUGUUUCGGGACUGGUAAAAAUGCGGCCCUGGUAGACCUGAUUGAGUUCAAUCUCCUCCUCCAAAUCAUCCAACAGCUUUUUAUCCUCAAUGCCUUUGUCUAAGUCCGUUAAACUUUCUUUUUUCACUGACAAUACUGACAUCAUUUCACAGAGUUUCUCACAGUCGGGUGUGUCUUGGCUCACCUCCUCUUCUAUCCUAGUUAACAGCCUUGUUGUUGAGGCACGAAUUGUUCUCAUUCUUUCCAAAAGUCUCCAUCAUCUCUGAAGCUAACGUUCGCUUCCCCAGCUUUAAAGUCCAAUAAAUCCUGACUUCCAGGGUUUCGGCACCAAAGUGUUGUGAAGUGGAAGCUUCAAACUGAACCAUUUACUGUUCAUAUAUUCUAGUUUACAGAACAAAGAAGGUACAUCCCGGACUUCUGCCCCGUAACGUCUAAAACAUCAAUCAAGUUAGCAAAGUGAUGUGUUACUUUUGUCCUUCAAAAUAAAAGCACUUCCUGUCAACAGCGGCAAUAUAACUGAAAUCAUUAAUAAAUGUGCAGGUUUUUCCACAUGUAAUGGUGUAAACAAUGUUAAGGUUUUUUUUUCAUAAAUCAUUAAACAAAGUAACAAGUCAACACAGUAUUUGUUACCUCAAUUAACAAACAAUUCACAACAACAUCAGAAUGACCUGUGAUUGACAGGGCAGUCUGUUUCUCUCUGCCAAAACAAACCGCUCACUCAUUCACUUCCUGCCUAUGGUACAUUCCUUUUUCUGUCAGAUUCUACUGUUUGUAAAUUUGUUUCAGGACUGGUAAAAUUGUUCCGUUGCUGGCAAAAGUGUUUGUGAUUUUGUACAUUUGUUUUCUUAAAUGUAAAUUUGUUUUGGCCAUUGUGAAAGUGUUUUGCUAAUUUCACUUUGUCUUAUGAAAUGUUCCCCAAAAUGUACAUUUGUUUCCAACUCUGUAAAAUUGUUUCAUCCUUUGUAAAUUAGCAUUGCACUUCCCCGUGAUCCUAGUUAUCGCACGUGUGUUUCUUUCUUUCUACAACCAAUCAGAAGUCUCCUUUGUUUCUGAGCUUUGACUUAGAAGGGGAGAAGCACUACAGGACUUCUGAGGGUCAGAAAAUGUUGAACAGACACAAACCUCUGUCCAUACUUGGACUGUAGAAGUUGAAGGAGGAGUUUAUCUCUCAUUCAGCUUACAGUAAAUGAAUGCAAAUGACUCCAUAUAAGGUGAUUGACUUUACAAUGAUGUCAUGGCAAGUUGUUUUGCUUUGAUUUGAAUGUAAUUUUAUGUGCUUUCAUUGACUUUCCCUUACUAGA